GAGAGCGAGAGACGGCUGAACCGAGCCGGAGGAGCAGGGCCGGAGGGGCGGCUGAUCCGGGCCGGAGGAGCGGGGCCGGAGGGGCGGCUGAUCCGGGCCGGAGGAGCGGGGCCGGUGACGGCGAGAAACCAAUGAAGCCGAGCCGGCGAUGCAGGGUACCGGGGGUUGAAAUGGAAGGGAGCCAACCUUCUGGAGACGCGCCUCUUAUUAACCCCAGGAAUCCAGUGAAUGCAUCAAGUUCUGAAAGCCACCUUGAACAAUGGCAUAGCACUCCAAAAUCUAAGCCUUCCUUAGAGAAUGUUAGCUGUUCAAAAUCUAUAGGGGAUUCAAAGAUGAACUUUGGAAAAAUGCAAGAUUUUGCUGCAACAAAUGCAGGAAAAUUUAAAAGCUGUCCUACAAAAGCUAUUCAGCCAGUUCCCAUAAUGAAUGGCUGCACAAAAAACAAUACAAACGUAGAUCUGGAGAAUGCCACCAUUCAGAAACAACGCAAUGAGUUACAGCUGCUUGUUGCAGAACUGAAAGAUCGGGACAAAGAGUUAAAUGAAAUGGUGGCAGCACACCAAAAACAGCUUCUGGCAUGGGAGGAGGAUCGCCUGCGCAUACUCAGCCUGGAAGAGCGAUGUGCUAAAGUGGAACAUGAACUGCGAAACAGGAAUGAGAUCAUCAGGUCAUUAGGUGCGCAACAAAAGAUUUUGGAAUCUCAGCAAGCUGAUUGUCUAAAAACACUCGCCAGCACCCAGCAACGGCUGAAGGAAAUGUCUGAAAAAGCAGCAGAGGCUGCUAGUAACUGUGAAGAGUUAGAGGACAGGAACAAAAGCCUGAAUUCCUCCAUGUUGGAACUUUCUGCCCAGGUUGGACAGUUACAGGCACGUGAACAGGAGCUCACUACAAUGCUGGAAUUAAAGGACAAAGAUAUGGUUGAAGCUACCAAUCAUAUCAUGGAUCUUACAGCUAGGUUUAAAACCUUAGAGGGUGCAUUACGAGAAGCCAGGCUAAAUGAAACAAACACCAGAAAAGAGGUGCAUGACUGCAAACAACAUUCAAAGAAACUAAGACAUGAAAUCUGCAAGCUUAAAGAUGAAUUAGAUGAAAAGACGGUGGAAAAUAAUGAACAAAGGGAAGAAAUUAUUCGCCUUAAACAAGAGAGGCACUAUCUAGGAAAUGAGCUCACUUUAGCUGUUGAACGGGAGAAGAGGAAAGAUCAGAUACUGGAACUGGCAAGAUCAAAACAGGAACGAGCAGACACUGAAUUGCAUGGCCUUCGGCAGGUAAAUGAAAAGCAACAACAUGACUUGCAGCUUCUGCAUCUGAAUCUUGAAAGUUCUCAGGAGUUGAUCCAAAAGCAGGAGGAGAAAAUCCUUGAAAUUAGUUCAAGUAGACUUCUCUCAGAUUCCAACUCUAUGACACAGAGCAAGGAUGGACAGAAUGAGACAGAUGGACAAGGACGGAAAAAUGAUGUGGUCAUUAGAAAAUGGAAAAAGGAGGCAAGCAAAGAUUGCAUGACCAAUAGACACAAAGAAGAAACAAUCAAAGCAAUGCAGAAUUUCAAUGGUGAAUUAACUUCAAAUAAUACCAAAGAACAGGGCCAUUUAUUGGUCACAGAAGUGGGCAACACUCUCAGAAAUUAUACCUCGUCUGAAUGCAUAAAUGCUCAAACUUUCUUUCCCACCGACUUUGAUCAGACUGCUAAUGGAAAUCUGGCAUUCAAGAGCUAUGCUCUACCGACUAAUGUUAAUGAUUCUAAUAAAAAACCUACAAAAUAUGUUAUACCAAAGCAAAGCUCCAAAUAUACAGCUUCAAACAAUUGCAUUUCACCUCAGGUAAGAGAUGACAAUUUACAGCAAGUGCCAAGGACGCAGAAAUGGAGAUGUGAAGGAUCUUCUGAUGUCAAUACCACAGAAUGUAUGGAACCGUAUAAUAAUAUAGGUUAUACAAACAUUGAUCAUCACAGUCCUACCUGCAAAGGCAACUUAACCGCCAUUUCAGUGGACAGUCAUUAUACUGUUUGCUCAAAGACAAGUGCAACUUCUAUUGUGUCACCCAAAGAAGUAGCAAAGACUUCGGAGAGUCAUAAAGUAGAGGAUAAAUACAGCAAUGAACUGACUGACUGCAGAAUUGGUGAAGAAAUGAUUUGGCCUCAUACAAGGAAUGAAACUGACCAGGAGCCACCAAAUUCGGAACAAGAGUGGAUGAAGAUUUAUCAGCCAGCUGUAGAUGUAAAGGACUUGUGGUGGCUGUACCUAAAUGAUGGCUCAGGGUCCUCACGUGGGAUAGACAGUCCUGCUAGUGUGGGAAAAAAGAGUGAGGAAAGGCUGGAAUUGAACACUUUUAGUCUGGAGUCACCACUGCGUUCCAUGAAUUCCUCACCAGUGAGAGAAAGAUCGAGGGGAAAGAGCAACCUCCAUAGUGACCUUUCCAUGAAUAACUCUGUUUCACCAGUGAGGCUGAGCACUAAUGAGGACAGCGAAAGGGUGUCUGCUGCUAAUACUUAUAGAGAUGGUUGUUCACCAACGACUAAACUGCAACGUCUGCUGGCUGAAUCUCGACAGAUGGUCGCGAGUCUGGAGCGCAGCACUCAGCUUCCUCUUGGCUUAUCAUCCUGUGCUAGCAGCAAUAGCAACGUAAGGGAUGGUUGUUCGCUCUAAUCUGGGGGAAAAUCAAUUCAGUAAAUUAUAUUCCUGCAUGACAAGGUAAAAUGACAAAAUUGCAAAGUGGAGUGAAUGCUGUGACAAGAUCCUUAGUGUGCAACGGAAGGAACAUUAAGCUGCCAGUACCCGUGACAAUUACGCUUAAUAUUUACCAAUGGACUAAAUUCUGAUGUGUUUUAGGAUGCAGAUAUGAAAAUUGCAAAUAAAUACAUGGAAACAAUUGUUAUUUGUGUUUAGUGAUGACUAUAGUGAUGGCAUUUGUAGAUGUUUAAUUUUUAUGAAUAUCCCAGUACUGAUCAGAUUAACAGUAGCAUUUAUACAAACUAAACAUGGAAAAAAAUCAUUUUAAAUUGGUGUUUUAGAGCAGAAUCACAUUAUUUUUACAAACUGAGAUUGCUGUUUUCAAUUUGGCAAAUACAUUUUUUGUUAUUGAUGGUGUAAUCUAUUUCAAUAAAUACUUGAUUGUAGGAAGAUUGGGGUACCAAAAAAAAUCCAAAUGAAGAAUUGACAAUGUUAAAAGUAUGAACUUAUUACGUGAGGAAGCUCCUUGUUUUUAAAAUGAUUGAAUCCAUAUUCCUUUGACAGUGCAUGUUCAAUCAAAAGCCAGUAUGAAGUUGUUAGAGCCAUUUUAGUCAGCCACAGUUCCUACUAGUGACUGAAUAUAAAGGAAAAUAAAAGUGAAUAAAUUAUGGCUUGAAAUUAAGUCUAAAUGACAGCUAAUUCUACAGGAUCAAUUUGUGGCAAAUGCUCCCAUUCCAGUCCAAUUUACCAGACUCCCAAGUAUAUUGAUUUACAUUUGCCAAUACUCUAUCAUUCCAUUUCCUGUUAAGUUGUUCAAUGAUUUGCAAUUUUAAGUAUGGCGAAUGAGAAUACAGUCCAAAGUUGGGCCGACAUAUUGUAGCAUUCAGAGUGAUGAAUGGGAGAGGAAGUACUAUAGCUUUCCUUCAUCAUAGAUCUUUGGUUUUACAUGCUUCUGACCAGGACUUCUAAUCGCAGGAACAAUUCUGAUAAACUUAAAGGCUGAAAUCCACUGGGAGAAAAUCUAUCUUCAUCAUUGGCCUAAAUAAAUCAGCUGGUUAAACUGGUCCGCCCUUUCAAAAUUUUCAGUUUCAACCUUCGUCAUGAAGCGUGUGUGACAGCAAUGGCUGAAAAGAAAAAUUCCACUACGUCAACAUGUAGGAGUCCUGUUCUUUUUAUGUUGCUGCUACUGUCCCAAUAGAUGAAUCUCUGUGCAGUGUGGGUGAUUCAUUUGAAAAACUGCUGUUCCUGAUGUUCUAGAUCUGUUGCUUUUGAACUCUGCAGUUAAUCUAUAAUCCUGGGUAGAAUGCAAAUUUGUGUUUCUAGAUGUCAGCAGCAGACUUGUUCCCUGAACAGCUUUCUUAUACUUUUUAAGUUCUCUUAACCUAUAGAUCAAAAAGGCUCUGUCCUGAACAUUACCCUUUUAAGCCUCUGGCUUUUAUUAUUGAAACAUUAAGGUUGCAAAGUGAAUCCUUUUCUGAUGUAUAACUUAUUGAAAGGAAGGACUGAUUCAGAAAGACAGUAUAUUUGAGCCAUUAAUCAUGUCAGAUAAUCAUUAUGCAUAGUACUAUAAACAUAUUUGUAUGCAAAACCUGUAUUGGAUGUUUACCAUUAACAUUCUAUUGAAAAUGUGAAUGAUCCAUAGGUAAAUUUUACUCCAUGUUGUAAUUACAUCCUCACCCUUCCCUUUUUCUUUUUACCAUUCCUGAAAGUGAUUACUCUCAAAGGCAAUGAAGGACGAGCAAUAAAUGCUAGUGUUGCCAGGGAUGCCCACAUCUCACGAGCAAAUUAAAAAAAGACAUAUUGAGGUCUAGUUUUACAUGAGAAAACUAAACUUAUUAUCCCUCAAGCCUGCUCUGCCAUUCACUAAGAUCAUAGCUGAUCUACCUGAAUUCCAUUUUUCCAGCCUAUCCCCAUAUCCCUGUAUUCUCUUAGUGUCCAAAAAUCUGUCGCUCAGUCUUGAAAAUACUCAACUAUUGAGCAUCCACAGCUCUCUUAAGGUAGGGAAAUCCAAAGGUUCACAACACUCAGAAGAUAUUUAUUUCUAUCUCAGUCCUAAAUGGCCAUCUCCUUAGCCUGAGGCUCUGACCCCUCAUUCUAGCUCCCCAGCCAAAGCAAACAGACACUGAUAGGCUCCUAGUACCUGAGAAAAUGAGUAGGCUAUUUUACAAUUGGGAGGUGGUCAGAGAAGCUGGAGCAGGAUCGACAUGCCUGAUUCUCUCUCCACACAAUGUUCAUAUAUGUGCAUUCCAGCAGGACUCCUGGCUAGUGAUCAGGAGUGGAAUUCUAGCUUGUUGCUUCAUUUCUUUUUCCCUCACUCUCGCCUAGAGGCCAAUUGUAGUGAUUGGACCCUAUCAUUGUUCUGGCUGAGAUAUUGAGCAUGUGCUAGGGACUGAUGGGCUUAAUUCCUGGUCUGCAUAUCUCAGUACCAAACUGAAUUACUAAGAGCUUUAAUUAGUCUUUCUCUGUUUCUUUUAAAGGGGUGCUUCAAAUAUGUAUGCUAUGUUUUUGAUUUCCCCUUGUAAAUGUAUUUGUAUUUAUUUUUGAUACAAAGAUAGUUCUGUGGUCCCAUAAUUGAGUAACAUGACUACAUAGAUAAAUUGCUUCUAUUUGCUGUUGUUAAUGAUUUAUGCAAAUCUGUUGAAAAACACAGUUUUGUAUAUUUUAAGCUGGAAAUGUUUCUUACCUCCUGCAAUCAUGAUGUAAUGGACCAUUUCAUUCAGAAACAGUAGUGUCAUUAACAAAUGCAGUAAGUUGACAUUCUUUUAAGGGACCAGUAGCCAUGGUGAUGGAAUAUUCCAUUUUGAGUUUGCAGCAUUGUUCAAAUCCCAGCUUCAACUAACAUUCAUACUCUGCCUCCAUUGUACAGACAAGUGCUAUUGAUUCUCUGUGAAAAUGAUAUCUGGACUGCCUUGAGAUGAUGGAGCACUUCACAAUGAGAUGGGCAAAAUGUAAGGAGAUCUGUUGCACCGCAGCCUAGCUCACUAGACUAUUUGUGCCUUCUUUCAGAUUGACACUAAGAACUGUAAUUUGGACCACCCGGAAGGCACUGGAAGUGAAAGGGUAAUAGUGGGGAUGUAAUUAUUAUGAAGCCAUUUACAUGUGUAGGACAACAGAAAAAGUAUUAUCAAUAGCUCUUAAUAUUUAUUAACAUAAACUCAGAUUUUGUAAUUUUGUACCUUUUAUGUUUUUAUUGGGAUUUAACCAUUAAUGCUAGUGAAAAUGUAAAUACAAGUUAAAUAAAUUGAUAUUUAUUUGUAGUGUUAUUAUAAAGCUCAAUAUGUUUUUCUACUGUCAUAUACAACACUUGUUCAACCAGUUGAAUUAAAGAUUUCUGAAAUCUAUGUAUGUAUAUUAAACUGGCUUGUUUGGAGCAUUGUCUUAAAUUAAUAGUAAUUUUGUACUUUUUUUAUAUUAAAAUUUAUUUAAGUACCAAAAA